UUACCGCGAAAUAAAAUAAGUCGGGAAGUAACCCAAUUGACAGAUGUCUUACUACACAAACAAUUCAUUAUACCCUGGUAUUUCUCUUGCAAAUGGAUUUGCAAAUAGAAUUGAAGAGAAGCCAAAGAGUAAAAUAAUUUUCCUCGAUGUCACGCCAGUUCCGUCGCCAUACAUCAAGCCAGCUUCUACAAAUUCUAUAGUGCCAAUAAAAGACAACUUAAUAGCUCCCGAAAUCUACAAAGAUAUCGUUUACGAGAAUAUCAAACCAGUUUUCACGCUAUUACGUCUCAUGGGAGUUCUUCCCCUGACUAGAUCUCCUGGCUUGAAUCAAUUUUACAUCGCGUCACCUUCAAUGCUAUAUUCCAUAGGUUGUUACACCUGUUUGAUCGGAUAUGUUUUGUACUUAUCUCUGAAUAAAGUGCAGAUUCUACGCACCGCUGAAGGGAAAUUCGAAGAGGCGGUUAUCGAAUAUCUAUUUACAGUGUACCUUUUUCCAAUGUUGGUUAUCCCGAUCUUUUGGUAUGAAACACGUAAAAUUGCCGAUAUACUCAACGGAUGGGUUGAAUUUGAGAAGGCCUACAGAUCUUUAUCAGGGCGCAUAUUAUCUAUCAAAUUGUACAGGAAAGCCCUCGCCAUAGCUUUGAUAAUCCCAAUACUAUCAGCCACGUCAGUUAUAAUAACACACAUCACGAUGCUUCACUUCAAGUUGAUGCAAAUGUUGCCGUAUAUCUUCUUGGAAAUUCUGACUUAUGUUCUUGGAGGCUACUGGUAUCUUCUAUGCGAGACUUUGAGCGUAUGUGCUAACGUAUUGGCUGAAGACUUCCAACAGGCAUUACGUCACAUUGGGCCGGCAGGAAUAGUAGCUGAAUACAGAGCACUUUGGCUCCGUCUGAGCAAACUAGCUCGUAACACAGGAAUAGCCAACUGUUACUCCUUCACAUUUGUCAAUCUCUACCUUUUCCUGAUUAUCACUCUGUCUGUUUACGGGCUCUUGAGCCAAAUUUCGGAAGGGUUUGGAACGAAGGAUAUAGGGUUGGCUUUGACAGCGUUCUGCAGUACGUUCUUGCUGUUCUUCAUUUGUGAUGAAGCUCAUUACGCGUCUCAGAAUGUAAGAACAAAUUUUCAAAAGAAAUUACUAAUGGUUGAAUUAUCAUGGAUGAACACAGACGCACAAACGGAAGUAAAUAUGUUUCUGAGAGCCACAGAAAUGAAUCCAUCACAAAUCAGUCUAGGGGGAUUCUUCGAUGUCAACAGACAUCUUUUUAAAUCGCUCCUGGCGACAAUGGUUACUUAUCUCGUGGUUUUACUUCAAUUCCAAAUCAGUAUUCCUGAUGAAAGUCAACACAUACCUGAUAGUGCGGAGACAUUCAACAACACAAUAAGUGCAGAAGAUACAACGAAGGUCACGACAACGAUAACGACUACAUUACUCGCAACUUUAGCUAAGAAGAAAAGGAAACAAUAGAUUUAAUGCGAAAUAAUAAUUGAAUUAUCUUGUCAUAACUGUAAGAUAUAGGCCUAUCGCAGACUUUGAGACUUUUUUUAGACUUCGCAGAAGUUUAGAGACUAUCCGUGACGAACUUUUUAAUCUGUGAUAAUAGAGCCUAAAGAAUUAUAAGGAGUAACUAACGCAUACGCGCAAAAAGUCUGACACACAAAAUAUCCUCGUAGAUCUGACAUACCGCGCCUCACCGCGACUUACCACGCCGUACAAAAAGUUCGAUAUCUAAACAAUCGAUUUGAUUUCCAAGUUUGCAUUUAUAAUAAUGUAAAUAAAUAUAAAUCCAUUUUAUGAAACACAUGGAACAUACCGUAAUAAAUGAUCUCUUAUCGAUAAUAUUAG